CUGGAUUUGUCAUUUUUUCAGAUUCACAUGGGCUUGUGAUUUUCCGCUGCACUUCCAAUGGACUAGCAACUUAGAUCAGUUAUAACGACGUACCAUGGAUGUAGAGGAUAACGUUCGAAAGUUACUACUUAUGGGAUUCACCGAUGAGCAUGAGAUUCGGAGGACGCUGGAAGCUACAAAUUAUGACAUCAAUGAAGCUAUCGCACUCAUGAUGUGCAACAAUCGCGUACGGCCAACUGCCAGUGUCGAAGAUGAAAAUGAGCCUGAACACGCUACUGCAGCAUCGGAACCACAAAUUUCAGGUGUGGAUACGCAACCUGGUCCGCCUGAACUGGACCGAACCUACAUUUCGGGACACGAUCUGACUGUGGAAUUUUCUCCCACAGAAUUCUCCCAUCUGCAGUCUAGAGUAUAUGUUGAUCAGUGGGAUAUUCCGUGCCUCCGAAGUCAAGCGCUUGGCAAGUGCAUCCUGGGAGCUAUACACGAGUUGCGUGCAGACGGUCUAAGAUCCUUGGAAUCGAAUCCGGAUUGUCGGCAGUUUAUCCUUGUCUGCCUCACUGAUUGUGUCACCAAGAUGACCACUUCUCAGGCCGUUUUCAACUGGGAUCGGGAAACACUUGAAGGUGUGCACAACAUGCUGGAAUUGGCAGUUCGUUUAAUUUGCGAGUACUUAGCAGCAUUUAAACGAAUGGUGCUUGAAGAAAACAAACCCGGGAAGACUUCUUCGACAGAGGAUCCCCCGAUUCUAAAUCCAGGCAAGCCAACUCAGAAAAGUCCCAAAUGUACAGCGCAGUUUGCUUGGGACUUACUACGUCUACUUGCUCUUAUUUUCGACUGCGAGAUAAACUAUCAUCAGCUGUGUCGCGAUCGUAGCACCAACACAGGCACCUAUUCGGAUGAUUUCAACGAUUGGACGACCAUCAUCGAAGAGAAAUUGGAACAUACGUCCGUGUUUGCAGAAAUUUUACCUUCUCCAAGAAAUUUCUACUUGGUUAAUUUGAUCAACUGCUUUGGCGUUUUUGACGGUUUUCGUUUGCUUCAUUGGCUUGGUACUCAACGCUGGAUAACAAGUAAUGUUGAGGAUUAUCGUCGAGGUUUAGUUGCUGGACAUCCUGUUUAUUCUAAAAUGCUCUAUUCAGUCCUCCUGCCUGUAGCCAAUUGCACAGACUAUUUGACAGCUCACACCUUGCAGAACGAAUGUGGAGCUGUGUUGAUGCAGCGGGUAUUGUGGCGUCUGUCCAAUUUGAGUGAGGACGACUUUCGUGAUCGUGAUUCCAGAAUAUUUGACCUGGUCACUUGUCUCCGAGUGCUAACUUAUCGGCUAUCGGAUUUGGGUAUUGCGCAUUGUCUUCUGCCGUUUCUCAGUUUGAACGAUAGCACCGAUGCCUACCAGUCCCCAUUCGAACCAGACUGGGAGGCUUUUCCAAAAGCGCUGCCUGAAAGUCCGCCGGAAUACCUAACAACAUCAUUCGCCAUCAAUAAGGUGGAUAAACUCCAUUGCACACUGCUGCUUUCCGCUCUCUCUCCACCGCGUGGUUCGGCAGGUGUCAGCUUCAAUGGGCGCAUGUUAGCCUUGCGUAAUCUAGUUGAACAAGUGGAAGCUGCAAAAGGCGCUGGCGAUUCAGACUCACACAGUGGGGGCGAACGCAGUGGCUUGCGGCCACGACCCGUUCAUCAAUACUCUUCAGCCACCUUGCUCGCUACCGAAAAUGCUGUUUUCUUACUUCGAAGGGCUCGACGUCGCGCCAUACGUUUCGAAUACCUCAUGACUUGGUUCCGUGAGAAAGAGGUUAUCCUAAAAUCCAUGCAUAAUUUAGACAACACGGCUUAUAUGACCACACUUGGUCAAUUGUUUCGUUUAUUGGGCGACCGAAUAACCUCAGCAGAUCUCACCACUGUAUGGCAUCGGACGACGACGCAACCGGGAGCUGCUGUGGAUAACAUUCUCAAUUUGCUUACUGAUGUGGCUUCAACGCGAUUUAUAAAGCCACAAUUUGACCACCUUUUCUAUCUGGUCGAAGCGAGUUGGUUGAACCUGAAUCGUGAGGCGUGUUGUCAGCUGAGUCCUGACAAGGUGAGACAGCCGGUGGCGCGCUCAUUGGUCAGUGCCUCGUACGAGCCAUCCCACGUGCGCCAUGGGCGAGCGCGUUUGCUAAACCUUGUGGGCCGGAUCGGCAUCGCCACAAAAGAUGCAUGGAAAGUGGACUCCUGUGCAGAUCUGCUCUGGGAUUUAGCUCAUGGAACGUACUCCCGGAUUGACAACGCUGCAUCAAAGGACGAUACGACAUCUUUCACUGUCGGGCAGCCCAGAUCUGAGCGUCGAUCAGCAGAGUCGAAUGACAAAUCUCUCACUGAUGCUGCUCGCAAUUACAAACAUCCUGAGCCUAUUGAAGCAGCUCUGGCCCAGCAACUAGUCGUACUGCGUGAUUUUCGGUGUUCCGGGAAUGAUCAGAGGCUACGUUCAAUGCAUUGGCUCCUGGCUGCUGUUGAACACAUCAGUAUGGAUUCACUGACCUACUUCAUGUUAGCAUACGUCAAGUCCCUGUUGGAGUUGAUUUUGAAAAAUUUUGUGGGUCGCGCAAAAAGGGACAGUUUGAAUGAGUUGAUACGAACACACGACUUGAUCAACCAAGUAGUCACUUCUUUGUUGCGCUAUGAACAGAGGGCAGUUCAGUCACACGGAGAUUUGCUCAGUGCGGACAGCUUGGAUGAGCUGGGCUUUCGACACAGCGAUGUCAUCAAACGCCAUUUCGAAUUGCUACAUUAUUUAUUGCGCAACGCAGAGUUGAGCUUGAGCACGGAUCGAGCGAGGUCGCUGUGGGAGUGCCUCAUCGGGCAUCCACGGGCUGCUUCAUUUGAUCGAGAACAAUGUUUCACAUGGUUCACAGCCAGUCUUAACUUUCUGGAGCCGGAAACACAGACCAUGCUGUUCACGAAGUUGGUGCUCAAAUCGAACACCGUUCUAUUUCGCUCGUUCGCUGGUUUUGAAUGUUUUAAGGCUUUAUUUGAGAAGGUCAACUUGCACGAAGGUCGCAUGAAACAAACGAAUAAAGUGUGGCAUGUAGAGAAGCCGGACCUGAUUGGUCUAGACUUCCUUUGGGAUUUGUACUUGGCUCUUCCGUCCCUUGAUGCAAGUUUGGAUGGCAUACAUAUCAACCCACCAGCCGGCGGUUCCAGCUCGCGCAAUGCCAAUUCAACGUGCUUGAUGGGCACAACAUCGGCCACAUCUGUUGCCACCACCCCUGGUCAGUCACAGCCCGUGGAUCAGAAUAUGAUGUCUAGUAGCGCAGGGUGUACUACUGGUCCUCUGACUCCUAUGGAACAAAAUGCGGUCAAGUUGGCACGACAGCUCCUCCUCGAUGUUCAUUGGGGACAGUUGUCACCCCGGCUACGUCGUGACCCUGAAGCCUGUUAUCGCCGAUUUUUCGACGCAUGCCGCCGUCGUUUAGAGGCCAGUUCAGCAGUUGGCCGUGAUGUGGUGUCCAAGCGAGGCGUUCAUUCAGCUCUGGCCGAAACAGGUCAACUUCUGGCCGCCUUGAUUGUCGGUCCCGGACCAGCCAAUAGAGCAAAACACUGCAGCAAAACCGCAGCUCGAUUAGCUCUACGUCGUCUGUUGGGACUUGACGAAAUGCUCGGUGCGCGUACUCAAUAUCCAAGCUGGCUUCCUCACGGGGUUACCUUCAGAGGUUGGGAGAUGCACUUACCUCUUCAAGUAGAAACGUUGCGACCCGGUCAGACAACCCCAGUCACCGUCGGUUUAGCCGGACCUGGAACUGCUUCGAAUCCUGGAUUUUCACCGUUAGACAGUUCUUCUGUUAUAACCAAGCAGUCGGGGACUGUGCGACCUGUCUCACUUCUUGUGCAUUCGAACGAAAUGCUCGGUUCAGUGCGUGAGCGUGCAAAUCUGGUGGCCACGGCCAUUCUGUUUGCCAAUCGAUCCGGCACCGAUUUAGGUAUUGGUGAAAUGACUCAAGAGACUUCAAACUGGAAAGCAUCUGCACUUUACAUUGGUCCCGUCCCGAUUUCACGGGAUGCACUUAAUAGCUGGUCGUCUAUAAAUUCUGGUUCAGCUCAACCCUCAGCUGCAGAACCAACCGGAUCCAGUACGGAUAACAAGAACGGAGGAACGACUGAAAGACGGUGCUCGAAAUGCAUAAUAGAGACGGUUGUCAACCGGAAGGCCGUUGGGGAAUUGGGAUUUCAGAACGGUCGCCUCUUAACUGUUCGCUUGAUCACUGGUCUGGAUGGUCGGGCUGGUAGUCGGGCUGGUCGACUGAGUGCAGGACCUAUGGGGGCUUCCUCUCUUACACUGUCGUACUGUUCUUCAGGACCCAGUGGCGUAUCACUUUCUGCAGCGAAUGCUUCAGAGUCGGAUUUAGUUGCUCAGGCCACGGUUGUUCUGAAUAAAGCAGACGCAAAUACUUCGGCAAGUCGGCCGAUGCACAGUGCCACAGAUAUGCCUUCUCUCUAUGGUUCUGGGAGUAAAAAGCAAGCUCAUGCACAGGAAGAGGGACUGUCGCAAUCGCAUACCUCAUCCCAAAGUAGUACUCAGCUCCUCCGAGUCAUUUCACUUGUCAGCUUAAGCUCCCUUCACAGCACAGGUAAUCUGACUGCGAUUUCUACCACCGACUUGUCAGUAAACCCACCCACCGUGCCCAUAUCUACUUCAACCCACACUUUACCCAGUUUAUGUAUGGGAGAAGACGCCACUGUCUACGACCUGCUGCUGGAUUUAGCUGAAUCGGAACUUGCUCCACCAUCAAGUGCCCCUGAGGAGAUAAAACGUUCCCGAAACGUAAUCGCUGCCGCAACAAUGGGGGUUGAAUUAGCCCCAUCUUUCAGCCUUAUUCACCCCAUUCGUCUUCUAUUGGCGGUCCUCCCUACCUAUCGUCCGACGUCCCUGUCACGUUCCCACAGCCAUCUACAACAGAGCUUAUUUUGCACCCCUACCAAUUUGCUCAAAUCUACUCCGUACCGCACGUUAUAUAAAUUACAGGUACUUAGUGCAGCUGUGAUGCCAGUGAAUAGCACUCCAUGGUGGGAUGUUUCCCCUGGCUGCCUACUUUCACCCCCAACACAACUGUAUUUCACAACCAAUGUCUUUCCAAACACAUCCGCAGCUUCCACCUACCCAUCCCUCGGAAGCAUCUCUUCCCACCUUCGGCGCAACCAGCCGCACACGCACUCGCCAUCAGCCAGUGCCAAUGCUCAUCAGCCAGUCAAUCUUUUAUCGUCAAAUAGUUCGGACCCAAAGUGGUUUUUCUCUGGAGAUAUGCUCACUACUGAUUCAACACACAGAUUAAGCUCGACUUCCGCCCCAGCGUCACCAGUGCACCGCCGUCGAAGAAACUACAGGCUCUUCGGCCACAGUGAAUUUAUCGGAAAGAGCGAUAAAAUCCGUCCUUCGUUAGCGGAGCAGGAACCAUUCAACACCAAACUAGCCCAUAGGGUUAACUUUGGCCUUGUAGCCAACGUCCCACCUGCUGAAUUUCUGGAGCCGCUGGUACAGCUCCUAAUGCGUCAAAUCCCAUCAAGUAACCAAGAGACUGCGAACCUCUCCGGUGGUCUGCCGAAUAGUACACAUAUUCCUCUUGCAGCCCAGAUGCAGUCUACAUACUUCGCCAAUUUAGCGUGGUGGCGUCGUGAGGUACGACAUCACUGUUUACAACUGCUUUCAUUUCUACUGAACCCGCAAGGCGGACAAAAUCUUUGUGCGUCGAAAAUCAAUCAGUCCUCUGACAGCGAGGGAUGUAUGACAUACCUAUUGCAUCACCUCUUGACCCCCGUGGUCGUCACCGAUUUGUUGAAGGCGCUGCUUGAGACUGCCAUCAACAGUGCAGGGGUCGUAGAAACCUUGCCCGUGAGUCAAACCUCACUGGAAUCCCGUGGCUUCCGAAAGCAUCAAACUGUUUUGCCGUCGUAUCAGCCACAAAAAGACAGUAGAGCUGGAGUUGCUGGAAUAAUAGAAGUUAGUGGUCAAAAUGGACGGACGCUUUUGUUUCAAGACGUAGAGGUGGCUGUCCAAAGCAUUCGGCUUCUGUUUCAAUGUGUAAUGGCGUAUCCGGAUAAGUUCCUAGAACCCUUCCUCAAUUUGGAUCGAUUAGAAGAAAAAUUGUUUCGACUUCUUGUUUGUUCAUCUGCUGCCAGAAUUCGUGCGGAGACAGCUCGACAGUUGGAGCACCUAAGUCUCCUGUCCUCGUGUUAUCUUCGCUUUGGUGAACCAUGUGUGAGGGUUCUGGACGUGCCCUCAUCGGAUCAUUCAGCCGCACAGGUGGUCACUUGCCAACUUCAUACACGCAUCAACUAUCCGCACCUCUUGCACUUUCUCCUGCGUACGUUAUGCCAAGCCCGCUUACCAUUCUACACGACACAUAUUGGUCUUCAAUCUGCAAACAUACAGUCUUUGUUGGCCAACUCAUCCGAAUAUUUCCGCGUUAGGGCUUUCUUGCUGGGACAGACACCCGACUCACUGCUUAAACGCUGGUUCAAAACCAGUCAUACGACUAUUUUACAGGAAGAGUUCAGUUCGUUUCGAAACGUGAUCGAUGUGGACGCAAAUUUCAGCAAGAACACUCGCCAACUUGCCGACUGUUUACUUUCUGGACACUUGGAGUCAGCCAGGGUCCUUUGCGCCCAAGCUGUAGCCUGUGUGAUGAGCCAUUCAGGGUGUGCUCUGUCUGGCAUGACUACAGCCUCCUCACUUAGUUUCGAUGUACAUGGAAAAAUAUCUUGCCCAACCAUGUACUCCGGAGUUGAUCACCGGCGGGUCAGUGUUCCGACGGUUUUGAUGGAAGCGCUAGCCCCCGUUGGCAGAGAAUAUCCGCAUUUGGAAAGUCCAGCUGGAGUAAGUGACGACGAAGGGGCGCAAUCUGAUGAAUCUGUCUCAUGCAAAAUGGGAUCCUCACUUGAAGGGUCGGUCUUGUCUGAUUCCAGUUUCCCAAUUUCGAGCAAGAUUGCCCUCAAAAUAUCAUCCCGUUGCCUUCAUCUAGCUAGAGAAUUCCUCUACUACCUAAUCACAGAGUGUCUAUUUCCAGCUGCGGCUCAUCUGCUCCAAACACAUCCAUCCAGCCUUAUAACCUCCACUGUAACAUCCAGUCUCGAGGCUUAUUUGUCCUCGUUUCGAGCUUUAGAACCCAUGUCACUUCGGACUACCACCGAUUUGCAUAUACCAAACUCGAGCGGCUCGUUUCGACGGUCUCGUACCAACGUACAAACUGCCAAAUUGCUGGAGAAUGUUGGUCCUCUGACCAGAAGGACUGCGUUCAAUUUUCUCAUAUUCGUCUCAAGAAUGGAUGUUUACAGCUUAGAACGGGUGGUUGAUUUGCUGAUAUUAUUGCAUCACAGUCGAGACCCCGCCAGAACCCCCACUUUGUCUGCCACCUGCUCAACUGGACCAUCUAGUGCAAAGCAUACACCAGAAAAUAUGUCUGCCCGCAACUCUCCCAAAGUUUCCACAGUAUUCCCGGUGGAUCAGCUUUGCCCGGGAAAUCGCACCAUUUUGUUGCCUCCAGACAUAGUUUGGGAUGUUCAACCUGCAUUGACGGGCCGUUCGGAGAGCGGUUUUGUCGGUCUUCGAAACGGCGGUGCCACGUGUUACAUGAAUGCCGUGCUUCAACAGCUGUUUAUGCAGCCGGGUUUACCAGAAGCUGUUUUGGCUAUCACAGACACAGACAAUCUAGAAGAAGAUAAUAUACUGCUUCAGACACAACGUUUGUUUGGUCAUUUGCUGGAGUCGCAGCUGGAAUAUUAUGACCCAGUCGGGUUUUGGAAAAGCUUUCGUCCGUGGGAUACCAGCGAGGCUCUGAAUCCCCACGAACAACAGGACGCUUUCGACUUUUUCCAGGCGCUUAUAGAUCAAUUGGAUGAAGAACUUAGAAAACUCAGAAAAGAACCGUUCUUCCAAGCGAUCUAUCAGGGAAUUUUUCUGGACUCAAAGUUUUGUGAUGAAUGUGAACAUCGAUACGAUCGGGAGGAAGUGUUCAGCGCAAUCAAUUUGGCUGUCAAGACUCAUGAUCUUCAGGAGGCACUGAACCAGUUUUUCCGCGGUGAAGUUCUGGACGGGGAUAAUUCCUACUACUGUGAGCGAUGUCAUGUGAAACGCCGAACCGUGAAACGGUUAUCGGUACAUACACUCCCCCCAGUUCUCUGUCUUCAUCUAAAGCGCUUCGAUUUCGAUUGGGAUCGUCAGGUGCCUGUGAAAUUUUCUGACCACUUCACUUUCCCACGUCAACUAGAUAUGGGACCUUACUUGUCCCACUCUGCACAGAAACUGCGACCGGAAGCUUUCUUCUCACCUAAUUCGUCCACUUCGUCGUUGCUCCAGAGGGAAGCUCGAGUCGGUGCUAGUGCCACACGAAAAAGUCAAUUUCAUCUAUUCGAUGGUGAAUCGACAGACUCUACCUCUCAGGUCACAGCACCUGUAUCAUCUCAGGAUUCAACGCAAAGCAAACAGUGUAUCAAUCCAUCCGUUCUACCAACCACAGUCCAAGAGCGAUCAGAUGCAACCGCUUCGACAAAGAUACAAUCAGAACCUGGUGUUUCGGGCCAUCCACCAGGUGUGCGAAAACUGGGUUCCGGUUUGGCAUUUACGCAGCAACAACAGCAUGUUUAUCGACUGGUUGGGAUUGUUGUGCACUCCGGUCAGGCAAACUCAGGUCACUAUUACGCUUUUAUCAAAGAUCGGGGUCGAGGUGAUCGCAAAUCACAAAGGGAUUCUUCAAAAGUACCAGUUGGUACGGUUGUUGCCAACCCAUCGGAAACGGAAGUCGGAGAAAAAUCCAUAAAUGUAACUGCACAUCAAGGGCUCCAGUCUAGCCAACGAAAUGAUCCGGGCACUUCACCGUCACACCGGGAAAGCUCAACCAGCUGCAGCAGAAACCGCUCAUCAGCAUCCACGAGCUUCACAGAUGAUCCAUACACUGGAUGGUACCGGUUCAACGAUACGUGCGUAGAACCGGUGGAAUUAACUGACAGCAUUCUGGAACAUGAGUGCUUUGGCGGCUCGUACAAAGUGACCGGAAAUGAUGGCCGGUCUUGCGAGCGUCGCACACGGUACUGGAGUGCCUAUCUUCUUUUCUACGAGCGCGUCGAUUUGAAUCACGCGGCUUUCAGGCGAACUCUGUUGGGUGGGAAAGCAUCUCCAAAUGAAACUUGGGACCAAGAGGCCAGUGUUCUCACGUCUCUCCCGGUGGAACCACGCUUACGACCUGAGGAUGGUUCACCAAAACAUCCGCACCUACGAUUUACCCUGAAUGAGCCAACGGAGAACGAAAGUUCGAACAUGAUAUGUACGCAGAAAAGCAAAACGGAGUCCACUGAACUACUCGGCUCGCCCGCACAGGGAAACGAUAUCGGUACCACGUUUGAAUCCGGAUGCUUGAUGCCCAGAAGAGUAGCUCAGCGCAUCUGGGCUGAAAACUGGACGUUUCUGCGUCAUCGUAAUGUGUAUUCUCGUGACUACUUCGAACUGAUCCGCGGGUUGUGCGAAGGGAUUCUGGAGGAUGGUAACAGCCUGCGCCAAGAACCACAGCGUGGUCUAAUGGGCACACGACUGCUGGCUCAUUUCUUUUUCACGAGUUUCAUUUGUCUCCACGCACGAUCGAAGGCAAAGAUUUCCGGGGCACUUGCUGAGGGGCAGACAAUGAAUAUGCAAGCAUUGAAGGAUUUGUCCAUUCAGCAGAAUUCUGAAUGGAUGGAUUUACUGGUACGGUUGGCUAGUACCAGUCCGAAGGCCUGUCGAUGGUUGAUGCAUUACAUGAGUACCAAUCCGAUGCAACCAUGCCUUGUUUACCUUCUGCUUGCCCCGAAACCAGGCACACGCCAGCAGUUGGCUAAUAUGUUGCUCACUGUGUUGCGUGUCUUCUACUCCUUCAAGGAAACAAACAUCUUGGAUGGGACACUGACGGUUUUCAUCAACCACUUGCUUGGUUUGGUGGACUCUGGUAUCGUUGCUCAACAUGCCACUGAGGCAGGCGCCCUUUUCGCUUUACUUCGAGGUUACACAGAAAUGUGCUCCCACUCCUGCCUCCAUUUGGUCAACCUGAAAACAACUAGGCGAUUGCUCAAUUAUCUUAUGGAACCGCCACAAAAAAUCGAUUGUUGGGAUUCACAGGUUUCUUCCUAUGCUGCCUCCUUCAAUGCCAGCGCCCCUACUUGGGCGGAUAAAUUGCGAUCUUGGACACCAGCUCAGCAACGAGAAAUGGGAAAUCUGUACUAUAUACUUAUCUAUUUCAUUUUACACACGUGCUUUGACGAGUAUCGCACCAUCAAAAUACCUCCGUGUGAUCCUAAUAACCCCAACAACAGCGCUGGAGUUGACGGCAACACUCCGCCAAAACAAACCUUCACACCCUUAAUGCUUCGACCUCAGAAGGAAACCCUAGCGUGGCUGGGGUUGUAUCAUCCCAGCUGGAAUCAAAACUCAACAAGAACGAGGCCAACUUUGAGGAACUCUGCAGUCUCGUCACUUUGCAAACCCACUGCUGCUUCCCCACUUUUGCCUUCGAAAGAUUCUUACCUAACUGGUCUUUACCGUUUUUGCGAGGUCCUUCUCCGAGCCUAUUUGGAAAACCCAGCCACUCCCAGCUUGGCUUCCUCACUCGGACUGACCGGGGUUUCUAUGACAUCUGGUUCAGUUCCCAGUAUAUGUGUUAACCCGGGCAGUGGAACUGCCUCAUCUGUAGAUGCCACUGCCUCUGGUGCUUCUGCAGCUGCUUUUGUUAGUACUACUGUCAAGACAACCUCCAGUGAGACGGCCGCAAAAGCAGUAGAUGAAAGUAUUCCUCUUCGUCAGUUGAUUCGACAAGGGAUAUUGCACCUUUCUUAUUGUUCGUGGGAAUCUUCGUGCUGCAUGAUUAUUUUGCUCCUUUCCCGCGUCAGCACGCGUCCUCAAAGUGAACUACGUCACUUAUUUGACCUACUUAGUGAGUUGCUUCGUUUAGUGGAUCCGCUACAGAAGGCGAGAAUAGCAGCUGUUGUGGACGGACUCGUUGAUUGCAGUCACCCGCAUUCUGACGUACCUCCGAUGACAGACGCAAGUGAAGGAAAAAUAGAGCAGUGGAUUCCACCGUGGAGCCCCAGACCUAAUGCAGAUCCGGCACUAUGGGCAUGGGACUCAGCCGAGAUAGAGCUGAGUUCGGCAGCGAUUUCAGCUGCUCAACUGCAUGGCGCGGCUGCAAAUGACGAUUCUACGGGCGAAGACGACCACGCAAGGCCACUUCUUCCCAAAGGAUUGUUGCAUCUGAUCAACAAUGAGGCGUAUCAAGAUCCUCGCAGAGCUUAUCAAUGCAUGAAGUUUAUUGUCCAGCUAUCAUCGGAGACCGAUGCGGUUACCUCCUACCUCUCCCAGUUUCCUCAAAGAUGGGAGCCUGCUGUCAGAUGGCUGGAAAAUUUAAUGGACUACUCGGAAGACACCCAUGAACCAUAUCCAAACUCCUCAUCCCCUUCUCGUUUAGUCCAGAAACAAAGUUGCCUCAGUCGCCUUGGAGUCGAUGAGACCGACUCGGGAGGUCUGUAUAUGGUGAUUUCUAGCCCCCCUGAUAUGACCAAAUCUCGACAAACACCGGGACUAACAGACGCUUCGAACGAGUCAGACGAAACCCACACGGGUUUUUUGCGAACUGUCUCAGCUCAAACUACACUGCGCGAGGCAACGCGCAUCUUAGGCACAAUGCCGCGUGUGCCUCCUACCAGCACUGGUCUUUCGGCUCCUCUGCCAAAUUCCCGACAGUCAGCAUCUGCGCAGAUGCGACUGAGUGCCGAACCGGAGGAGGAGGAGGAUGAGUACGAUGAAGAUGACCAACCCCAACUGUUUUUCAAACUUUCUACAUGACGCCCAUUUUCUCUGAUCGUACAAUCCAUCUCCCUCUCUACCUUUUGCUCCUCAUUUUUCACUAUUUACUUUAAUAUCUCCCACUAUACCAUUCUUAGAUAGACGAAGAAUACUAAAGAAAAUGUCAAAAUCCAUCCAUCAAAAGUGCCAUUCUUUCACUCUUUUCAGUCGUUUUAUUGUGUUCUUCUUUCGGACGCUAUUUGACACCCACUUUGUGCCACCCAACCCUCUUCCACAUCUGAUUUCGUUAGUUGCUAUUGUUCGUUUAGGUUACCUCAAACUCCGCAGCAUGUGAACAUUUCUCUCUCAUCGUAUCCUGUUAUCAUGCAGUUGACCAUGUUAAAAAUGAUUUGACCCUCCAUCCCAACUCUUAUUUUCAUGUGACUUCCUUUCCGCUGUUUUUGUGAUGAUUUAUUCAGUUC